UAUAUCAUUUCUUUCUUAUCGCAAACAUUAUAAUAUAUAUAGAAUAUAUUUUCAUUAGGGAAUAUUCGCGUUGGUCAAGACAUCGAACUGCAACAGCUGUGGGUAUAUUUGCUCUCUUUACAAUUCUAACAAUGGCAACAAUCCAACAAUGUGAACUAAAGUUUAUACAAACCCCUCAAAACCCAGUGGAGUAUAAUUUUGGCCCUCGAUCUGUUGCCGUUGGCAAUUUCAAUGAUGACGAGCUGUUAGAUAUUGUUGUUGCCAAUCGUGCCGAUGAUAGUAUAUCUGUAUUCCUUGGAUUUAAUAAUGGUACUUUUGCAAGUAACAUGAUAUACUCGACCGGUUUAUAUUCUGCUCCAUACAUGGUAGCAAUCGGUGAUUUUAACAACGAUUAUCGCUCGGAUAUUGCUGUCGCAUAUUACGGUACCAAUAACAUUGGUUUAUUUCUUGGAUUUGGAAACGGUUCUUUCAUCAAUAAACCAGUGAUCUCAACUGGUUCAUCCCGUCCAAUUUGGAUACAUAUAGCUGAUCUCGAUAAUGAUACAUCACUCGAUAUUGUUACAGCUAAUUAUGGAACUGAUAGUAUUAGCAUAUUUUAUGGAUAUGGAUAUGGACGUUUUGCAUAUCCGAUGACAAUUUCAACCGGCUAUGAUUCUUCGCCAUUCUCGGUCAUCAGUGCAGAUUUUAACAAGGAUAAUCAAUUAGAUCUUGCUAUUGCCAAUUAUGGUACAAAUAAUAUAGGUAUAUUUAUUGCAGAUGGCAACAGAACCUUUUUACAUCAACAAGUAUGUUCCACUGGAGUUAAUUCACAUCCAUAUUCACUCAUCGUUGGUCAUUUUAAUAAUGACAACUUAUUGGAUAUUGCUGUCGCGAAUUAUGGAACUAAUAAUGUCGGUGUAUUUCUAGGCAACACCAACGGAAUUUUUACCAGUCAAACAACAUACUCGCUUAAUAGUUCUUCACCAUAUUCUAUUGGUCUUGGCGACUUUAACAAAGAUAAUCGGCUUGAUUUAGUUGUCAGUAAUAAAGGUACUAAUAACAUAGGUGUAUUACUGGGGCUUGGUGAUGGCACUUUCGCUAAACCAACAAUGAAUUCAACUGGCUCUUAUUCUUCAACCUCGCUUGCUGUAGCUGAUUUCAAUAAAGAUAAUCUACUUGACGUUAUUAUCAUCAGCAAUGAUACUGGCAGUAUAGGUAUUCUCUUUGGUUAUGAUGAAGGCUUCGAACCACAAACUACGUAUUCAACUGGCUCUGAGCCAUUGUCUGUAGCUGUUGGUGAUUUCAACAACGACACUCGACUGGAUAUCGUGGUUGUCAAUCAGGGUGACAACACUACAAGUGUACUUCUCGGAUAUGGCAAUGGUUCUUUUGCAAAUCAAACUACCUAUUCAACUGGCAUUUGGCCAUUCUCUGUAGCUGUUGGUGAUUUCAACAAUGACGCUCGACUGGAUAUCGUCGUCAUGAAUGUAUAUGACAACACUGUAAGUGUACUUCUCGGAUAUGGCAAUGAUUCUUUUGCAAAUCAAACUACGUAUCCAACUGGCAAUUAUCCACAUUCUUUAGCUGUUGGUGAUUUCAACAAUGACACUCGAUUGGAUAUUGUCGUUACUAAUUAUGCUGACCACACUACAAGUGUACUUCUCGGAUAUGGCAAUGGUUCUUUUGCAAAUCAAACUACCUAUUCAACUGGCAUUUGGCCAUUUUCUGUAGCUGUUGGUGAUUUCAACAACGACGCUCGACAGGAUAUCGUCGUUGCUAAUCCUGGUGACAACACUUUAAGUGUACUUCUCGGAUAUGGCAAUGGUUCUUUUGCAAAUCAAACUACGUAUUCCACUAACCCUAACCCAUUUUCUGUAGUUGUUGGUGAUUUCAACAAUGACACUCGACUGGAUAUCAUCGUUGCCACUCCAUAUGACAACACUGUAGAUGUAAUUCUCGGGUAUGGCAAUGGUUCUUUUGCAAACAAAGUUGAAUAUUCAACUGGCAUUAAUCCAUUCUCUUUAGCUGUUGGUGAUUUCAACAAUGACACACGGCUAGAUAUCGUUGUUGCUAAUCGAGAAGACAACACUGUAAGCGUAUUGCUUCAUUAUAACAGAGCAGGUUUAGGAAACGAAAUAACAUUUGCAUCUGGUGGUGGUUCUCGUCUUCGAUAUGUUGGUGUCGAUGAUUUUAAUAAUGAUAUGAUAUUAGAUCUUGUUGUCGUUAAUUAUGGUACUAAUGAUAUAGGUGUACUUCCUGGAAAUGGUAAUGGAUCGUUUUUAGAGCAGAAAACGUUUCCAACAGGCUCAAAUCCAGAUUCGCUUGCCAUAGGUGAUUUCAAUAACGAUGGUCAACACGAUUUUGCUGUAUCUAAUUAUGGCAGUAGAACCAUUGACAUGAUUGUUGGAAAUGGAAAGGGAACAUUUACACGUCAAGUAACUUAUGGAUCUAGCUUGACUAUUGCUCCUGUAGUUGUUACUACUGGUGAUUUCAACAAUGAUGGACAAUCAGAAAUUAUUGUCGCAUAUGACAAUACUGAUAAUAUAGAUAUAUUUGUUACAUUUGAUACCGGCGCUUUUAGAAAUCAACUAACGUAUUCGACUGGCCGUUCUCCGCACCCUGUAGUUGUUGGUGAUUUCAACAAUGACACUCGACUGGAUAUCGUCGUUGCUAAUUCUGGUGACCACAUUGUAAGUGUACUUCUCGGGUAUGGCAAUGGUUCUUUUGCAAAUCAAACUACGUAUCCAACUGGCUCUUAUCCAAUUUCUGUAGCUGUUGGUGAUUUCAAUAAUGACAGUCGACUGGAUAUCGUCGUUGCUAACGGUAAUGACAACACUGUAAGUGUACUUCUCGGCUAUGGCACUGGUUCUUUUGCAAAUCAAAUCAAAUAUUCAACUGGCUUUGAACCAAUUUCUGUAGCUGUUGGUGAUUUCAAUAAUGACACUCGACUGGAUAUCGUCGUUGCUAACUUUGGUGACGCCACUAUAAGUGUACUUCUCGGGUAUGGCAAUGGUUCUUUUACAAAUCAAACCACAUAUUCAACUGGCAAUUUACCACAUUCUGUAGCUGUUAGUGAUUUCAACAAUGACACUCGACUGGAUAUCAUCGUUGCUAACUUUGGUGACAACACUGUAAGUGUACUUCUCGGAUAUGCCAAUGGUUCUUUUGCAAAUCAAAUGAAAUAUUCAACUGGCUUUGCACCAUUUUCUGUAGUUGUUGGUGAUUUCAACAAUGACACUCGACUGGAUAUCAUCGUUCCUAAUUCUUUGGACGCCACUGUAAGUGUACUUCUCGGAUAUGGCAAUGGUUCUUUUACAAAUCAAAUGAAAUAUUUAACUGGCAAUUCACCACAUUCUGUAGCUAUUGAUGAUUUCAACAACGACACUCGACUGGAUAUCGUCGUAGCCAACCGAGGGGACAAUACUGUAAGUGUACUUCUCGGAUAUGGCAAUGGUUCUUUUGCAAAUCAAACUACAUAUUCAACUGGCUCUCAGCCAGUUUCUGUAGCUGUUGGUGAUUUUAACAAUGAUACUCGGCUCGAUAUUGUGGCAGCUAAUCUUGGUAGCAACACUAUAAGUAUAUAUCUUGGUUACUUAAAUCAGAACUUUCAAUACCAAAUGACACUGAUAACUGGUAAGAGGUCUGUUCCGCGAUCAUUAAUUGUUGGCGAUUUUAACAAUGAUACUUUUAUGGAUAUUGCUGUCGCGAAUUCUGGCACUAAUAAUAUUGGUAUUUUUCUUGGAUUUGGUAAUAAUUCUUUUUUAAAUCAAACAACGUUUGCAACUGGCUCUGGUCCAUGGUCUUUAGCUGUUGCUGAUUUAAAUAGCGAUAGUCGAUUAGAUAUGACUGUCAGUAAUAUUAAUGAUAGUAAUAUCAGUGUAUUUCUCGGUUAUGGCAAUGGAUCUUUUAUGAAUCAAACAAUAUAUUCAACUGGAAUUAAUGCUGAACCUUACUCAGUUGCUAUUGGUGACUUUAAUAAUGAUGCCUUAUUAGAUAUCAUUGUCGCUAAUUACCGUGCCAGUAAUGUAGUUAUAUUGUUUGGAUCUGGUGGUGGUAGAUUUACUGAUUCAAAAGUAUAUUUCGUUAGUUAUGGAUCUUUUCCAUUUUCUAUUGUUGUUGGUGAUUUCAACAAUGAUAAAAAACUAGAUUUUGCAGUCGCUAACUAUGGUACUGACAAUUUAAAGAUUUUAUUACAAACUUGUUAA